CAAAGUAUAAAUUUUUUUAACAUAACACAAAAUAAUGAUGCAGAAGAAUCCAAAACCACAAUGACUUACAAAUGUAUAUUGCCUACAUUGUACUUUCUACAUUUGUGACCUGGAAAGGGUAGGUAACAUACUCAUCAGUCUGUUUAUCAUUUGUAAUGGGCACUUUAGACUGUUGUAAAUUGAUAAUAAAAUGGACACAAAAAUAUCCACAUGCUAAUGAAAGACAUCCAACACCAAAAUUUUUAGAGCUGAGAGUCACAAUACAGACAAUUGUACCAAAGUAUUCCUGGAUACGUUUUGAUAGUUAUAUUUGCAGAAUGAGAAAAACAUCAUCAGCCAUUGUGUUCAUUCAAGUGCUCCAGGCCUAACUUCACAGUACAUGUAGCAGUGACCAAAGUAUAAACAUGUGAGGUAAUGAUUGACCCACAUCCCCAGGUUGAUAUUGACUCACAGUCACAAGACUGGCCAUACAGAAAGUUCCUUUCGAGAAAAAAGGCAGAACUCUCACCAGUACACAGUUUAACUGAAGGAGAAGCAGGCCAGCCUCUAUGAUAUGCAGGCAAGUUUACAGAAAAAUAGAGUCUCAGCAAAUCUGGUCUUUUGUUGAAGGCUUAUCAUUGGAAUUGAAACAGGAACAUGUCCACCAUCAUUAUGACCAGCCUUGCAAAAAAGCUACAGAGGUUAUGCCUCAGGGUUCAGGACGGACAGGAAGCUGGCUUGGGGCAUGCACUGAGAGAAGCUAUUGUUAGCAUGGAUCGCUUCAUGGAGGUAGAAGUCCUGAAAAGUCUUGGAGACCUGCAUCUUCAGAAAGGCAAACUCGGCAAAGAUUCAGAUGAGUUUGACAAAGCUGCUGCCCUGUAUGCUGCUGCACUACUGCGCUGCAAAGAUCCAGGCAUGAGAGAAACACUUGAACAUCGAAUUGGCUACAUGGAGAAACUCUAUAGAAAACUGCCACAGGGGUACACUCCAAACUAUCAGUGGUUGUCCCCAGAAUACUGGGGUACUGCUGAUAGUAAUGUCUUAAGAGUGGCAGAAAUAUGUGACAAACUGGACAGAAGCAUUAGAAAAUCUCAGCAGUCUGUUGAGCAGAUCUACACAGAAAUGUUGGUGACUGCAAUAGAAAAGGGGGAUAUGCUUUUGGAGUGUGAGGUCCAAAAAUCACUUGGUGACUUUUACCUUGUCAGAGGCAAGAAAAACUCUGAUAUAUCUCAGUUCUCCAAAGCAGCUGCCAUGUACAACAAGGCCCUGACAAGAUGUGAGGAGCCAGGGCAAAAGCAGACUCUGCAUCACCGUAUCAGGUAUAUGGUGAAGAUCAGGGGAGCUCUGAGAAAAGAACCAUCUCAAAAGAACCCAAGACUACAUGUCAGAGAAGGAAGAUCGCACAUUGGCUCAACACUGUCCAAGAGGACUACCAUGUGCAGGUCCCAGGUCCAGAGAAAAGCUGCUUUUAUGCUUGGUUUCUUGGGCAAGGCUAAGGAAGAAGUGGAAAAGCACAAGAGGAAAUCUGCAGAAAAUAAAGCAAGACUGAAGCAACUUGAGGAAGAAACAAGGAAAAUUCAACUUCGUCCGAAUGAUACAAUAAGGCACUAUGAAAACAACCUUAAGGACGGCGAAGCACUCCUUGCCAUUGCAAAGCUGGACUCGGCUGAGAAGUUUUUUGCAGCUGCACUCAAGCUGGUGCAUGUAAGAGAUUCUCCACGUCAACAGUACUGUAAAGAGGUGCAGCCCCUCUACAAGUUGGGGGAUGUCUACAGUAAGCGAGGUCAGCAGACAGGAGAAGGGGGAGACUUUGUCAAAGCAGCUGCACUUUACAAUGCAGCAAUAGCCCGGUCAGACGAUGAAGCCGUCAAUGGUAACAUAGUAAAAGCUAUUAAAGAGGUAGAGAAGUCAUUCCUCGAAUGUAGCUUAGACAUACACUGCAGUGUGGUCCCAGAUGACACAGAGACACACAAGAAACAACUAAAGGAGAUGAGGAACAAGAUCAAGCUGGAGAUGGAUAGAAUUGACAAGGAGCUGGAUCCCUACAUACAUGAAGAGGACAGCCCAUGUGUCAGGGAGAUAGAGGCAAAACGAGCUCAGGCUGUCAGGCAGUUGUUUGAGAACAUUACAAAACAAAGGAGGGAGUUCAUCAGCUUGCUGGUAGAAGGGUGCAUUGGGUUAAUGGGCCCCCCUCCCUGUAAGUAUGCUAUGAUAGGUUUGGGUUCACAGGCCACAGGGCUGGUAACUCCAUACUCAGACCUGGAGUUUGCCAUCUUGGUAGAGGAAAAAAGUGAAGAAUGUCUUGUGUACUUCCGCAACCUCACCCACUACCUACACCUCAAAGUGGUCAACCUGGGAGAAACCAUUCUCCCAGCACUGGGAAUAAAAUCCCUCAAUGACUUCUACUCUAAUAAACCACAAGAUGACUGGUACUAUGACUCUGUUACACUACGCGGCUUUGCAUUUGAUGGCUCCAUGCCAAAGGCAAGCAAGACUCCACUGGGCAGGCAAGGGCCCACAAACGUAGAGCACAGUGCUGAACUCAUCUGUACCCCAGAGGCAAUGGUGUCAAUACUAAAAACUGAUAUCACAAAAUACCUGAAGAAAGGAUACCAUCUUUCCACCAUCUUGAGAAACCCAUGCCUGAUAGCAGGGAACCAGGAUUUGAUUGACACAUACAUGGCCAUCAUAGUGAAGGUACUGCAAGCUGAUAGGAGUCAAAUGGCUCGACAACUGGCAGAGGAGACACUUCAGGAAUUGAACAUUAAAACGCACAGUGACAAAGAAACAGUUACAGCAAGACUGAUAGAUGUAAAGAAAGACCUCUACCGCUUCCCACCUCUCGCAGUGGAUUGCUUGGCACUAUCCUCAUGCAUUACGCCCACAACAGUUUGGAAGACAAUAGAAGAAAUGGAAGACCAACAAGUUAUCAGUCCCAACAAUGCACAUCACUUGGCAGUGCUCACCAGCAUCUCAGCAGAACUCAGGCUCAGAACAUACUUGGAAAGCGGUGGACAGAAGGAAAACUUGUCAGCCUUGACCUCAAUGGAACCAGAACUGCAUGGACAGGAAUCAUCCUAUCAGACAAUAAAAGCAACUGCACUGAUUCCAGUCUUCCGUCUACCAAAUGAGAAACAGCUUUUCAGAUAUUAUUAUACAGUAAUUCCUCUUAGAAGAGCUUUGUCAGAAUUGUGUCAACAGACACCAGUUAUGAAUUCUUCCUAUGAUUUUUAUGAUAAUUCCCAAAGAGCACAGGGAAUGAUGUACUAUGAGCUAUGUAAAUAUAGGCUGGCCAUCAACUACUACAAUGAGGCACUGGAGAAAGGUGAUAAAACUGAUACUCAGAAAAUGUUGUUGCUCGUCCAUUUGGGAGAUGUUUGGCACAAAACAAGUGAUUAUACAAAAGCGAUUAGUUGCUAUGAACAAGCACUGCACAUGCAUAGAAGUAUCUAUGAUCAGAGUACAGCCCAAGCUGAUAUGGCCACCUUACUUAAUAACCUGGGGUCAGCCUGCAACCAUCUUGGUGAGUACAAGAAAGCUAUCAGCUACCUUGAAGAAGCACAUAAGAUGCACAGUAGUAUAUAUGGUCAAAGUACAGAACAUUCUGACAUCGCCAGAACAGUCAAUAAUCUGGGUGAUGCCUGGUAUUACCUGGGGGAUUACAAGAAAGCAAUUAGCUUUUAUGAGCAGGCAUUACGGAUGAACAGGAGUAUUCAUGGUAAGUUUACUGUACAUCCUGAUAUUGCAACCUCGCUUAACAACUUGGGGUCAGCUUGGCAUCAUGAACGGUGUGGUUUCAGCAAAGUAAUCCGCUAUCUUGAACAGGCCCUGCAGAUGCGCAGGAGUAUAUACGGUCAAAAUACAGCGCAUCCCGACAUUGCUAACUCACUGAAUAACCUGGGUAAUGCAUGGAAUGGUGUUCCUGUGCCUGAGCCUGAUAACAACAAUAAGAGGGCAAUCAGAUACCAUGAACAGGCAUUGCAGAUGUACAGAAGUAUCUAUGGUCAGAGUAUAGCACAUCUUGAUAUUGCAACCUCACUCAAUAAUCUGGGGCAAGCAUAUAGCCAGUCAGGAGAUUAUAGGCAAGCUACUAGCUACCUUGAACAGGCACUAGAGAUGUACAAAAGAAUCUAUGGUCAGAGAACAGCACACCCCGAUAUAGCCAACUCACUAAACAGCCUGGGAUGGGCCUUGCACAGCUUUGGUGAUCACAGGAGAGCAUUUAAUACCUGCAAAGAAGCCUUGGCUAUGGCAGGGAAAGUCUAUCAGGACAGAAACCAUCCAUUGAUACAUAAGAUUAAACUGAACCUUUCCACAAUGGAAGCAGAGAGAAUUCUUAGGACAGAUGACAGUCAGUUGCUUAAAGAGUUUUUUCUGUGAUGUUACAAUUG